AUGGCCCUUAUAAAAGGUGUCACUUGGAAAUUUUGCAUAUAUUUUUUAUUAAGUAUAAUAUGGAGGAAUGCAUUAGCAGCUGAUAUAGCUAGCCUAAAAGAAAGUUUUUUUGGUUAUGAGUACAACGAAAAUGAUUUUAAUCCGAUGUUUGUAGAGGAGUUUAACCAAAUAGGUAUAUCUUGCAAAGAAAGUACAUGUUCUCAAACACUAAUUCGUCUAAGAGCUGGUCAAUGGUUUGCCUUACGCCAACAAUUAGAGUAUGAUUCUAUGGAAUCAGGUUUGAAACGAGUGGUAGGAUCUUUACCAAUUAAUCCAUUUGCAGGUACUAUUUUUAGUCCAGCUAUUAAAGAGAUAGAAUUGGCAGAUAAAUACUGUGAGGCUCUAAUGGAAAUGAGCAAAAGGGGAUUGGCUACAAAAUUUGGUAUAAAAAUAGCAAAAGAUCCGAAUAUACGCCAUAAAUUUUGCAGUGAUGCAGCUGAACUAUAUUUUAAUGGUUUACAGCCAAGAUUAAGUACGGCUACUCAAAAAGAACUAGAAGCUGAAGAGUUGGGUGAAAUAGAAUAUAUAAAUGAUGAUGGGGAUAAUAAAGUUGUGCCUUUAGUGUUUAAAGCAGGUCUUCCUCUAAAUAGUGGUGGAUUAACAACUCAAAAUAUAAUGACUUCAUCACAAGAGGCAGAGUAUAUUGCAAAGCAAACUUUAAUUCGUAAUUUUGUACAUAUUGUGAAAUUUUUAGACUUGGAAGCUAUUAGAGAAGAUCCACUGAUACUUCGAGAGUAUUUCCCAGGUUCUAUACUACAAUUAAGGAAUGCUCUGGAUAGUGAUGAUCCCGAAGUUGUAGCACUUAGACUACUUAAGCUUGGAAGCUCUUCAAGUAUAUUGGAAAACUUCAUUCAAAAUCAUAGAGGACGUCCUGAUAAGCUUCUAAUGCAACCUCCAGAGCGAAAGAAUAUUAUUAGAACAGAUGAAGCUAGGAUAAAAAGUGAAUGGGAAACCUUAAUUUCAAAUGCAGACCUAUCGAAGUUUACAGGAGAAUUUUUACAGAAAACUGCAGAAAAGUAUGUUGCACUAACUCCAAUGAUUUUAAAUAAUAUUAGAAAGUUAUCAUCAUAUUUUCAAAGAGAAUUAAUUGAAGGAAGAGGCCGUUAUAUUCAUGCAAUUAGUGAAAAUUUAGGAAACCUUCCUGCAAUUUUACAAGAAGAAAUUCGUGUAGCCCUAGAACUAUCAAUAAAAGGUGAAUUCUCGAGAGUUCAUAGUUUGGAAAAACUAAAAAUAAUGAUUAAGAGUUUACCUCCAGCAGCUUACGUAUAUGCUCAUUUUCAAGAGGGUAAUAUUCAAGAUCUUUUCUCGAAAACAUCUCUCAGUAAAAGUGAUGUUGCAUAUUUUUCUAGGGUAUUGUCUAAGGUCAUUUUGAAUCUUCUAAAUAAAAUUUCCAGUGGUGUAAUUAGUGAUGAUCAAGCUGAUUCAUUAAUUAUAUGUUCGGAACCUAUCAUUUCACUACAAACAGUAGUUGAAGUAGUUGAGAACUUACAAUGUGAUGCAAUGAAUAUAUUUAUAGAUUAUGUAGAAAAGGUUGUUCCUAAUUUUGUAAACAAGAAUCAGUUUCCAGAAGCAACUAGCCAUCAGAAACAGGAAAUUGAAACUCUCUUAUUGUCUCCUAUGUCAUCUGAAAUUGCCAAACAGCUAUUUCGAGAGGAAACAUUACGUCCAUUUUUAUUGGAUGCAAUUCCUAAUGAUAAUGGUCUAUUAGAUAUUUUUCUUAGAAAUUUGUAUGUUUUGACAGCUGAAACUGGUGAUACAUUAUAUAAUUUCUUAAUAAAAGAGAUAGAAAGCAAAGAUCAAUCAAGUAAUACUAAAGAUAGGAGGUUAUAUAUAGAAGAUAACACUCGUUUUAAAUCCCCAAUUUGGAUUUCAUCUGUUAGGAAUUUGCUAACAAAAUAUUUAUACCCAUAUGAGUUGGCUAGUCGGCGAUUCUUACAGUAUUUGAAAGAAUGUAAGUUAGGCUUAAAAUCUGUACUAAAUAUAUCACUUGAAGAAAUAAUGAAAGUUGCUUCUACUACAACAUUACCAUAUUUACAAAAGCUUAUGGAUAAUUGUGAAGAUAGAAAAUUGACGGAUUCUGCACUUAAUCAAAUAUUUCUUGGUAAUCAAGGAAAUAUGUUAAUCAGACCUAAUAAGAAGAAUUACUUGAUUAAGCAUAUUUUUCAGAAAGAUGCGGAGACUGUAUUUGAGAUCCUUAGAUCUGAGAAAUCUUAUGAGAUUUUAUAUGGUUUGGUAAAAUUCCUCGAGAGUAUCCAGAAGCAAGAAAGGGUCAAGCCAGAAUUUGAAUUAGAUGGAGCAUACUGGAGCCAAGAAAAGAAUGAGUGGAUAAAUCUUGAUAAAAAAAGUAAUUCAGAUGUUACUAUCAAAAUUGAACCUACAAAAGUUACAGAUCUACCUUUAGGUAGAGAGCAGGAAUGGGAACGAAUUGCAGCAUUUAGUAAAUGGUCUGAAUUUGUGAAAAAUUUACCAGCUGAUUCUAUUCCAAACGGCUUUAGAUUUUCAUUUGGACUAUAUUCAAAAUUCAUUCGAUACUGUCAACGUGGUAUUAGGGAAAUAGCCUAUAGACUCAUUGUUAGAAGUAUUUCUAUAACAGAGCCAGCAGGGAAAUAUUGGGAAUAUUUACCCCAAAACAUUCACUCAGUAAUAAUAAAGGCAGAAAAUUCUAAAGAGAGAGAAGAGAAUGUCCUAUCAUUUUGUACAUCAGUUUAUACCCUUAUUUAUGGUGAAAAGGGUAUUCCUGAACAGUUCCGAAAAACAGGACCUAAGUCUCAAGGUUUGGAAUCAGAUAAAUAUGAAAUGGAGCGAGAUGUUAUGAUCCCUCAAGAUUUAGCUAAGCAACAAGUUUAUCGACUAGAUAAUGUCAAUGAACAAUGGGCAUUUAUUGCAAAAGAAGCUAAGAAACCUGGUGUUUUUUAUGCUCCUACCCUACCUUCUGAUAGUUCACUCUUAGGUGAUGUCUGGAGAAAUAUAUAUAUGAAACAACAAUUAGUUACAAGUACAGAAAAAACUGUAGAAUCUAAAAUAACAGUUUUAACUGAGAUGUGUAUACAGGCUAUAAAUGAUCUUAAGAGAAAAAAGAAUUAUUAUGGUGAUCCUUUAUAUAAGAUGACAUAUGAUAGUCAAGAUUCAAUAGAAAUAUUUUGUAGUGAUAUUGCAGGACGAUGGUUUAAAGACUGGCCAACUCAUAUUUCAUUAGAUAUGCUCAUGAAUUCUUCAGGAGUUUCAAAAGAUAAUGUAAAGAAAAAGUUUAUCUUUGACCGUCAAUAUUUGAAGAAAUUUCAAAAAUCUGAUUUAGCAUUAAGACCUGGAUUUUUAGAUGAAAAAAAGGUUAGGCCAUUAUCCCCUAUUACAAAGGAAAUGCUUGAAGUAUAUGAAAAAAAUUCUGGUUCUGAAAUAAGUACUCAAUCUAAAAUUCCAGAAGAGCUUGUAGAUGACAUAAAUUCAAAAGGUGUUUUAGUAAAGUCAAUAUCAUCUGUUAUUUCUGAUAGAAUCAAAUUACCUACAAAUAGCCCAAUUAUCCAAUCAAAAGAACUACAAAAGCUUGAUUUUAAGGGGCCUAAAUUCAAUUUAAGUUAUUUAGAUUCAAAAAAAAAAAAAGUACCUUUAGGUGCAGCAGAAACUAUGCUGGAUAUAUUACAAGAUUCUCAAUCUAAAUCCUCCUCUUUAGAGCUUCUGAGCCAAAAUACUAAUAAAUAUAGUAAACAAAGCCAUAUAAAAUUACCAGAGUCUCCUCUAGAACUAUCUAGUUCUCCUUUAGAACUAUCUGGGUCUCCUCCACUUAUAGACCUAAACAAUAUCCCAUCUGCAUUAAUAGAGGAUAAAUCUCUAGAAUUAGAUACUUCUAAUCAGGUUUCAAGAACUUUAACUCAUCCAGAAACUAAAAAAAACUAA